ACUGCUUUGCGGUUUGGGACGUGAACAGGACCGUGUCCCUUUAAGCAGGCUGUGUGGAUGAUGCCCGAUCUAACUGAUGAGAAGGCGGAUUAGCGACACUCUUCCUCCAGCCUGUUUCACUCCAUCCAUCCAUCGCUGUCGUCAGCUCAGCUCCCGUUGCAGGAACAUUAGCCCGGCCCAUGUAGGCUUGGAUCAUGGACUUUAACGUUAAAAAACUGGCGUCCGACGCUGGCGUCUUCUUCACGCGCGCUGUUCAGUUCACGGAGGAGAAGCUGGGUCAAGCGGAGAAAACUGAACUGGAUGCUCAUUUGGAAAACCUGCUUGCUAGAGGAGACUGCACCAAGAACUGGACAGAGAAGAUCUUAAGGCAGACUGAGGUGCUGCUGCAGCCAAACCCUAUUGACAACACUGGUGCCCGCAUUGAGGAGUUCUUCUAUGAGAAACUGGACAGAAAGAUCCCAUCAAGAACAACCAAUGGUGAGCUGCUGGGACAGUACAUGCAGGAUGCUGCUAAGGACUUUGGACCUGGAACUGCGUAUGGAAGUACUUUGUACACCGUAGGAGACUAUCAGAAGCGGCUAGGAAGUGCUGAGAGAGAGUUCUUACAAGCAUCAGCUGUCAGCUUUCUCACUCCUCUCCGGAAUUUUCUAGAGGGUGACUGGAGAACCAUAUCGAAAGAAAGAAGGCUAUUGGAAAACCGGCGCCUUGACUUGGAUGUCUGCAAAGCACGCCUGAAGAAAGCCAAGUUGGCAGAAGCAAAGGCUGCUGCUGCACCUGAUUUUCAGGAGACUAGGCCCCGCAAUUAUGUUCUGUCUGCCAGUGCAUCUGCGCUCUGGAGUGAGGAGGUGGACAAAGCAGAGCAGGAAUUGCGUGUGGCUCAGACUGAGUUUGACAGACAAGCUGAAGUAACCCGUCUGCUCCUAGAAGGCAUCAGCAGUACACAUGUAAAUCAUCUGCGUUGCCUGCAUGAAUUCGUGGAGGCCCAGGCAGCUUACUAUGCCCAGUGUCAGAAGCACAUGCAGGACCUUCAGAAGGAGCUCAGUAGUACAAAUGGAGAUACGUUUCCCAAUGCCUUUGCCGCGAACCCCUCUGCAUCAGCGAUUUCCACUUCCUCUACUCUCUCCAGUGCUGCUGUGCCCGGGGUCUCCAAUCCGGCUGCCUCCUCCAGUUCUCUGGACACACUAAAAAUCGAGGAGGUGAAGGCUCCAGCCACUGGCACGCGCAAGGCCAAAGUCCUGUACGACUACGACGCCGCAGACACAAGCGAACUCUCGCUGCUAGCUGAUGAGCUAAUUACAGUCUACACCGUCCCAGGUAUGGAUCCAGACUGGCUGAUCGGAGAGCGGGGGAAUCAGAAAGGCAAAGUGCCAGUCACUUAUCUGGAGCUGCUAAGCUAAAUGCCCAAACACAACAUCAAACACACACACACAUGCACAGACAAGUAGCUGUGUGGGAAAGUAAUGGAAAAUUUGCAUGAGCAAAAAAAACUAUUCAAUCAGAUCUGAACACUCUGGGACUUGGACAUGAUUAUUUUGUGUUAGCUAGGUUCAGCUCAUUCAAUUCCUACCCCAUAAUUUUUAUAAAGACCUAAGCAGUCAGCUUACUAUGAGGAAUUUCAUAAGGAAUAUUGUUUAAAGAUGUCAGCUUCCAAGAUAGAGAUAGAAUGUAAAUACGAUGCAGAAACACCCUACUUCUGUUCUGCUUCACCUGCUUCACCUGUGUCUCUUCACAUCUCUGGUGCCCAUCAGAGAUAUUCUUGUGAUUUAUCAUCUACACUGUAGGUUUUAUGUUUCAAAAACUGAAAAAAAGUAAAAUAUUUUAAUUGUAAAUUGAGGAUCGAAGAGUGCUAAAUACCACCGGGGUUAAAAAAACGAACUAAUAACUCUACAUGUAGAAAUGGAAAAGGAAACAGAAAUCUGAAUAAAACAUCAGAUUUUCGAAUUCCCAUGUCUUUCCUUUUUGUCCAUCUUGUUUUUCAUUGCUUGUCUUUGCUCAAGAGGUUUAGUAGCUGACUCAAAUCUGAACAAGAGAUAUAUAUAAUUUAGAGAUUGUUUUUUUUUUUUUUUUAAUGUUAUGUGGAAAUUAUAUGGUGGAUCACCCUUCACAAUACUCCAUUAUAAAUAUUUAUUUAUUUAAAGGAAUAAAAACGCUAUAGAGUGUGCUGUAAAAUGAAAAUAAUCAACGACCAUGAAGCUGAUUUAUUUUCCUCUAACAGCACAGUUAUACCUCUUAUACCACUGAAGACUUAUACCAUUGGCAUCAGUUAUAUAUAUUUAUACCAUCUGCCAACUAUUUUCAUUUUCCCUGUUUCAAGUAUGAUCCAUUACACUUUUGAACAGUAUCUAGCUGCCUUAACCCUCUAGAUCAGAUCUGAACAGUUCCCCCUCUUUUAUUUGAAGUUAAUAAGACAAAUAAAAUGCAGCUUGUUGCUUAGAAACUGCAAUACAACAUCCUUUGUCAGUUACAACACACUGGCAAUCGAGACUCCUUCCAGCAAUGUUUUUUGUUUAUUAAAUAACUUUAAAAAUUAGAUUCUCCAGAGAGUCUGGCAAAAACAGACCCGGACACGUAGUUAUAUACUUUUACUCUAAACCCCACUGAUGACAAAAUGUAGUGUGCGUGUAGACAUAAUCUGUUCAGAAAAACAUAAUUGUCAAUUCUAUCAAGUCUAAAGACUAACUCUUCCAAUUUGAUGUCUAAUUUAAAAAAAUUCUGCCUUUGUAGCCUUAAAUGCACGUUGUUUUUUUUUCCCUCCAAUCAGUUCUUAUUUCUAUCGUCAUCUCGUACAACUAGAAGAAGCUAUGUAAAGAACACUAACAAUAGCUUAAUUGCAUCAUGUGAUGAAAUUGGUAGUGUUUGUGUGUGUUUGUGUGUUUUUAUUUUAUCGCCUGAAACUAGAUUGUUUUACACUGGCAGGAAAAAAACAAACAAAAAAACGGUUUAGACGUUGGCUAUCUAAAAAGUCUCUUCGUUUGAAUUCAGUGUGACUGUAACUUUGGGAAGAUACGCAUUUGUGGUGUUUGUGGGAAUUAAGUUUGUAAAUGUUGCUCAAAAUGGGUCCAAUUACAUUUAACGUGAUAUUUUAUUUUUGUUCUUCAAUGACUUCCCUGUGAAACACCAUUACUCUCGCGUUUUACUCUUUCUUUAUUCAUCUGUGUAAUCGAUGCUUGUUUAAAAAGAAAAAGAAAAAAAAAAAGCAAUGCAUACUGAAUGACUGAAACUUGAACAUAAUAAAGAGAGCUUUAUUGAAA